AUGGGGUUGGUUGUUUGGUUGAUUUUAUCUCUGGUUUUGAAGUUCUGUUCAGCUUCACCAACGUCCUCAUCAUUGAUCAAUAGAGUUGGGUCUUCCCUUUUGUUCCCAGUUCAUGGGAAUGUGUAUCCUACAGGGUACUAUAAUGUCACCCUUUACAUGGGACAGCCAGCAAAGCCUUACUUUCUUGAUAUUGACACUGGAAGUGAUCUCACAUGGCUCCAAUGUGAUGCACCCUGUGUGCAUUGCACUGAGGCACCUCAUCCUUAUUACAAACCCAACAAUGAUCUUGUGGUCUGUAAGGACCCAAUCUGUGCAUCCUUACAUGCACCAGGUGACCACAAAUGUCCAGAUCCAGGGCAAUGCGACUAUGAGGUUCAGUAUGCAGAUAGUGGUUCUUCUCUUGGUGUCCUUGUCAGAGAUGCUUUUGCCUUCAAUUAUAUAACCGGAGUCAGAAUUAAUCCCCGUCUAGCUCUCGGUUGCGGAUAUGAUCAACUUCCAGGUCCAUAUCAUCCCUUGGAUGGAAUACUUGGUCUUGGCAAGGGAAGAUCCAGCAUUCUUGCACAGCUUCACAGUCAGAAUUUAGUUCGAAAUGUAAUUGGCCACUGUUUAAGUGGACGAGGUGGAGGGUUCCUCUUCUUUGGAGAUGACAUUUAUGAUUCUUCACGUGUGGUUUGGACAUCAAUGUCACCUGAUUAUACACAACACUACUCGCCUGGAGUUGCAGAACUCAUUUUUGGUGGCAAAACUUCUUUGAUAAAGAAUCUACUUACAAUCUUCGACAGUGGGAGCUCUUAUACUUACUUCAAUCAUCUGGCAUAUCACGCUUUAACAUCUGUGAUGAAGAAAGAAUUAAGUCGAAAGCCCUUGAAAGAAGCGCCGGAAGACCAGACGUUGCCACUUUGCUGGAAGGGCCAGAAACCAUUUAAAAACGUACGUGAUGUCAAGAAAUACUUCAAGUCCCUGUCCCUGAGCUUCACACAUGGGAAAACUAGAACUCUGUUUGAACUAACCCCUGAAGCAUAUCUCAUAAUAUCAUCCAAUGGAAAUGUUUGCUUAGGAAUCCUAAAUGGAAGUGAAAUAGGGGUGCAAGAUGUAAACCUCAUUGGAGAUAUUUCAAUGCAAGACAAAAUGGUGAUUUACGACAACGAGAAGCAAAUGAUUGGAUGGACCCCUGCCAACUGUGAUCGGCUUCCCAGAUCCAAAUAUGUUAAUAUUUGAAGGGGAUGAUGGUUGUAUUCUCUUUGUAUAUAUCAGCUAUAUUUAUUUGAAUUGGGGUUGUAUGAAUUGUAUAAAGAAAGAUAAUUACCCCUAAUAAGUCUAGAAAAUGUAGAUGAUUUAUGCAGAUAUCUAUUUUCAUUUGAUUUAUAAGUUGACAAGAUUUCAGACUGUCAAAUAUACAACAGAAAGAUUAUGGCUAAAGUCCCCCAAUAAAAUAUGAAUACAUUAAUCU